AUGGCUGAACAAACGUGCCGAGUGAUUCACAGCCGGGAGCUGGCCGCCUCCCCUGGAGAUGGCACCUGGGCCUCGGCUGUAGUUCAGCCCCAGGCCCAGAAAAGCAGCAAAACCAGAAGGCUGGCCCCUCCCCACUCCUCGGCAAACUGGGGCACCCUGAGCCCCGCCACCGAUCUGGCCAAGUCCAGGGCAGGCUUCAGUCCCUUUCAGCGCAACCAGCCAGACCUGCUCCUGCUCCAGCGCCACACUCGGCAGCGGGCUACGAGCGCGCCCCUCACCCUCACCCAGCUCCGCCCUGCCUCAGCCCGCGGGAGUGCGGACAGCAGGGUCAGGACAAACAGGAAGGACCCCGAGCAGAGCUUUAGCGGAGGCGGUCCCAGGGGUGGGACAGGAAGUCCUCACCCAUCCCAGCGCCGCUUAGGAGAGGACUGGCCAGUCCAGGGGCAGCGGCCGGGAAGAGCCCGAAGGCCCCUCCGUCGGUGCCCGCCCUCACUCCUGUUCCUACAGAGGAGGACAGUCCACUCGUCGCUGGCUGGAGGCGUCGAGCCCAGGGACUCGCCGUCGCUCCAGGGUCUGCUGGCCGCAGAGGUCCACAUGGACACCCUGCUGACCGUCCCGAGCAGCCUCUGGAAGGACCAGUUCUGGGAGAACCCCUGGGACCAGGGCGGCCUGGCCGUGAUCGGCCUGUUCAUCGCCACGGUCCUGCUGCUCCUGUCGUUCGCCAUGGUGUUCGGUGCGUCCCCUCCGCUUGAGAAGGCCGGCCGCUCCGAAGAGUCGUGACCUGACUUUCUGGGGGCCGGGAAGGGGGUGCCGCCUGUCACGCACUCCCCAGGCACGGUGCGUGGCCUCUCCCUCCAAGCCCUUUCAGCAGUCUGCAAUUACACACUGUCGUGUGGCGACCUGACAGGGGCCCGUCUUCCUCACUGGACCCAGCACCGCAGAAGGCGGGGACGGCGGGCCCCUCUGGGCUCCCCACCGCGUCCACCGGGCCGGUGGGCCCGGCGGGGUUGGUACCCACCGGUGUCUGCUGGUUGAACGGACGAAGGGACCGAGGAGCAAAGCGAGCAGGGGGACAGAGGGUGCUGCUGGGCUGCUGGCUCCCCCGGUAGAGACGGCGGGAGUCCCGCUCAAGCCAGGCCUGCACCCCAGAACCAUUCUCCCCUCUCGGACGAGUCGUCCGGCCUGCGGGCCGGAGGGUGCCUCACACCAAUCGCCAUCCUUUUGCCACUACAGGGUAGAGGGCCCUGCCAUCCGUGAACAAGCCAACGCCCCCCACGGCCUUAGCUCAGAGGAAGCAGCGGCAGGAAGAAACGGGGGAAGCCCGCUGGCGUCCCACCCGGCGGCCCUCCUCGGGCCCCAGGGCCGUUGCUCCUGGUCCCAGAGGUGCCCCCGUGCACCCCGGGCCCAACGCCGCCGCCUCUCUCUGUGGGGAUGUGCGCACCCCCGCCCGAGCCACCACACCGGCCCGCCCCCCGCUGCCAGGCGCUCCCCUUAGUGAACGGCUGCCUCACCUCCAGCCGCAAACCCAGACGUGCCUAGAAAAGGGGCAAAUGUCCGGAGGGGAAGGGGCUGUUCCUUCCUGCUCUACACCACUGACGCGUUGCAGAAACACGCCCCGCACUCACAGAGCAGCGUCAGACCCAGCGACACCGGCGGGGCUAUUCCGCCCCAGGGCCUGCCGGUCCUGGAGCCCGUGACCCUCCCGUGGGACGUACGGGGGAUGAGGCUGCACGUGGGGCGACCGGAGCCCCGCCGGCACCCAGGCCCCCCAACACUUAAGAGGAGGAAUCAGGGUAGAGGCCCCCAGGAAGACCUAGCCCCUUGGCAUGUGGCAGCCGACCCUCUGGACAGCCCUACCGAGCCCAGACUCCUCCCAGACAAGAACCAGGCCAGGGCCGCUUCCGGCAGCGGGGACACUGACCAACAGCAAGGACACUUGGCCCUUCCACCCUCAGCACUUCCAUCCAGGAGCCCGAGGCCCAAUUUGGUGCCUCCCUGUCCUGGUGCCCAGACAGGGCUCCCCCCGGUCACAAGGGCCGUGGGUGCGGGCGGCCCUGAAAGUGUAGCCGAACCCCUCAGCACAGAUGAGGGUGCCCCAAACCUGCUCUUGUCCCCGGGGCCGCAUGAGGGCGGACCGCUUGCAGGAGGAAAGCGCUUCAGUCCAGGGGCCGCCGGCUCCUCAGCGAACAGGAGGGGCGGGCACCGAACCCAGGGCGCAGAUGAGAGUCUCUGGUUUCCAGAGCGAGCCCCAAACACCUGCCGGACACCGGCAGCCAGCUCCACGCUUCCGGAGUCUCACCCCACCACGCAAACCCAGGGCGGCGCGCGCGCAUGUGAAAAUGCGCCCUGAGCGUCGGCAGGGCCGGGGUCCACGGCAUCCGUCUGCCUCGAACUCUGUGGCCGCCACGUCUUGCACACACGUGUGCUCACCUCCGAGCCCGCGGCAACCACGUCUGCCUCAUCUGCCUCCCGGGGCUGUCCCGUGAGAUCUCGCCGACGACAGCAGAGGCAUCAGUCUAAGAGCCUUCCAGACCAAAGGGCCGCCCACGCGCGCCGUGCUGCCGGCUGGUCCGGAAUCCCCCCCGGACGCCCCUCGCAGACGCGCAGCAGCGCUGUGCUCGGGGCCGCCCUGCCACGGCCUGCCUGUCCCUGCAGCUACCCGGCGGCUCCUUGGUGACGCCGCUGCCGGCAGGUACAGAGGAAACAGGAAAGUGGGCGGGCCGGCGUGACGGGAGGAAAGCUGAUUUCUCCCCAGUCACCUUACCCACUUGGCGAGGGGAACUGGCGGGUCACCCGCCGCUGUUCGUCCGGGUGAGAGUGGAGCCCACCAGUGGUCCAGCUCAGCGAUGACCACGGUGCCAGUGGCUCGGGACUGGUCCGCUGACUCAGGACUGGGUCACUCACGGGGCCACCCACUCCGGAAGGGGGUAAGUUAGGGCGGACGGAUGGAUGACCACCCAAAAUGCUCAGUCCUCACCCAGCCAGGGUUCCUGGGGCCUUCCAGGAAAGAGCGGAAGGGUACCGACCUCUAGGCCACCAGACAGGAAACGCCCCAGACCACGGCCUUCAGCAGGCAGGCGCCCCCUGGUGGCCCAAGUGCUGCCCCACAGCAGCUGGCGAACCGGCGGGUGCUGGAGGAGGAAAAGAUCUCACUGACACUUCGCCCCGGAGAGACACGCACACAAGUC